CACUGUCUUAACCUUACUUCUUAAGAACGUUUAGUAUUUGUAGUUAAAUUUUACGUUUCUCAAUUUAACUAUCACGUUAUGUAUAUAUUAAAACAUCAUUAAAUUAAAAUUAAACGCGGGCUUCCUUUAAACCUCGAUGUAUUCGAGUUACUGACAAUUAUCCUCUCUUAUAGAAUAAUAUAUCAAGUGUCAAACGAGACGUCAAAUAUACGAAGGCUUAUCUCUAUUUUAAAUAUUGAGAUUAUCUUGUCUUACGCGUAUAUCUAUACAGAAGAUUCUAGCGCGAUUGAGAUAAGGAAAUAUGGAUUGGUUUUUAAGUUUUUUCGUAUGCGGUCUGUUGGUGCAAGUAAUCGUUGCACCUCCAGUGACCAAAGACAAAGCUAAUGAAGAUCAUAAGGAGAAAGAAAGUCAGCCAGAGAUGGAAUAUCAUAGAUAUUUGAAGGAAGUCGUGGAUGCCUUAGAAAGUGAUCCAGAUUUUCGUGCAAAACUUGAAAAAGCCAAUGAGGAGGAUAUACGUACAGGAAAAAUAGCUCAUGAAUUAGAAUUUGUGAACCAUAGAAUAAGAACUAAAUUGGAUGAAUUGAAACGAGAAGAAUUGGAACGUUUGAGGCAUCUUGCAAUAAAGGAGAAUCAGUUGAACAAUGGUUUGGAUCUUAAACAUUUAAAGAUAGCCGAACAUUUAGAUCAUACUAAUUCGCGCUCGUUUGAAAUCAACGAUUUGAAGAAACUAAUAGCUAAGACGACAGAAGAUUUAGAGGAAGCUGACAGACAUAGACGUGAACAAUUUAAGGAAUAUGAAAUGCAAAAGAAAUUCAAUGAAGAGCAAAAAUUGAAGGCUAUGAACGAGAAAGAAAAAGAACAGUAUGUAAAACAAAUUCAAGAAUUAAAAGAGAAAAGCAAAAAGCAUGUUCCUUUACACCAUCCAGGCAGUAAGGGUCAGUUAGAAGAUGUAUGGACCGAGCAAGACGAUAUGAGUAGCGAAGAUUUUGAUCUUAAAAAAUUCUUUUAUAUUCAUGACGUUGAUAAUAACGGUGUUUGGGAUCAGAACGAAGUAAAAGCUCUAUUUUUAAAAGAUUUGGAUAAAUUGUAUGGCAAAGAUGCAACGAUAAGUGAUCCUCUUGAAAAGGAAGAAGAAAUGGAAAGAAUGAGAGAGCAUGUAUUUAACGAAGCUGACCUUAACAAGGAUGGUCUCAUAAGCUAUUCAGAGUUUUUGGAACAAGCCAAGAAACCAGAUUUCCAAGAAGAUCCAGGAUGGGAAACAUUGGGCGAACAAGAAAUUUUUACUAAAGAAGAAUAUGAGGCUUAUAACAAACGUGUGCAAGAAAUGCUACAAAAGGAGCAUGGUAAUGCACCUCUACACGAUCAACAGUUACCACCACAACAUAUGCCCGUACUACAACAACAAGUUGGCAACAAUCAAGUUAAUCAACAACAGUAUCAGUAUCAAGGACAACCGGUUCAACAGCAAUAUAAUCCGCAACAAAUUCCAGUACAGCAACAACAUUACCAAGGCCAAGUACCAAUCCAACAACAACCGCAUUAUCAACUGCAACAACAGCAUUUGGAACAACAGCAGUAUCAAGGACAGAUGAUGGCUCAAAAUGGACAAUUUCAUGGACAGAUACAAUCUAAUCAGAUACCAAUACAACAUCAACAAAUACAACAAGCGCAGCAAAUCCAACAACAACAACAACAACAACAGCAAUAUCAGCCACAGCAGCAACAACAAAAUAUUCCAAAUACGAUAUCGCAGCAGCAACAUGUUCAAAAUCAAAUACCAUCGGUCCCAGAACAAAACAAGGAGAAUCCUGUGGUACAACAAAGUCUACCGUCGGCUGCCAAUUCCGCACAACAAAUUCAAUCAAAUAGCAUAAACAAUGCUGGAAAAGUUUAAUCUAUAUACAUACAUAUAUAUAUGUAAAAUUCGACACGUUUUGGCUAUAUACUUGAAUGACUUCAGUAUUAAUCAGAGAUUUUCCAAGAUCGUCUUUUAGUUCGGAAACUAAAAAAAAAAGGAAAAAAAAAAAA